AAGGGAGUGAGUGUGUGUGUGUGUGAGAGAGCGAGAGCGACAGGAGGCUUCGCCGGGACGCGAGAGAGAGCGAGAAAGAGAAAGGGGGAGUCGUUGCCGUUGUCGUGAAAGGCUUUAUCUGCCUUGGCGAAAGGAGCCGCUGCUUGUUUGAGAGGAAGGUACAUAAUUCUUCCAUUAUGUCAUUCUUGUUUGAAUGGAUCUAUAAUGGCUUCAGCAGUGUGUUGCAGUUCCUAGGAUUGUACAAGAAGUCUGGAAAAUUAGUUUUCUUGGGUUUGGAUAAUGCAGGCAAAACUACUCUUCUUCACAUGCUAAAGGAUGACAGAUUGGGUCAACAUGUUCCCACAUUAUAUCCAACAUCGGAAGAAUUAACAAUUGCAGGAAUGACUUUCACCACUUUUGAUCUUGGUGGCCAUGAGCAAGCGCGGCGUGUCUGGAAGAAUUAUUUCCCAGCAAUUAAUGGGAUUGUCUUUUUAGUGGAUUGUGCAGAUCACUCUCGUCUUUUGGAAUCUAAAGUGGAGCUCAAUGCACUAAUGACUGAUGAGACAAUAUCCAAUGUGCCAAUUCUUAUCUUGGGUAACAAGAUUGACCGACCAGAAGCUAUCAGUGAGGAGAAGCUGCGAGAGAUUUUUGGUCUUUAUGGACAAACAACAGGAAAG